UUAGAUGACAGACUGUUCCUGCCAGGUGACAAAAUGGAAGUCAUCAGCCUCAACAGGCUCUCUCAGCGAAGUGAAAUCGGCCAGAGAGAGGGGGGAGCGAGCAGAGGAUUCAGCCCUCUAAUGCCCAAGGAAAUGGCUGACAUUUUUAAUGCCCCCAGUGAUGAUGAAGAUUUUCUUGGGUUUGGAGAUGAUGUUCCCAUGCAAACCUUUUCGUCAGAUGACAGCUGUGAUAGUUUUAAUUCAUUGGAGUCAGGAAAAAAGGAUGUUCGAUUUCAAUCUAAGUACCUGACUGAGGAAUUGAGGAGAAUUUUCACUGAAGACACUGAUUCAGAGAAUGAAGUAUUUGAGGGCUUUGCUCCGAGUGAGCUGGAUGUAAACAAUGCAAAUGGAAUAAAGCCAGUGGAAUCAGAUUUGAGUGAUGGAGAGAACAAUCAUUUAUCUUUACUGGGUAGCGAGGAGGACGAGGCAGAAGAGAAGGCUUCCCUCAAGAGAAGAAGCUUUGGCCUUCGUGUGGCAUUUCAGUUCCCCUCAAGAAAAUCUACAAAGAAGAAGGUGCCCGAAACAACUUUUUCCAAGUUACACUUGCAAGACAAUAACUCCCCUAAAACUAUCACAAGAGAGAAAAAUAGCAAGCGAUGGAAGAAACUAGAGGGGUCUGCCUCUGAGUCUGAGGAGGAUGUUAAAGAGACGCAGGAAGAAAGCUCCAGUGCUCUGCUUAAAAGAGCCAUGAACAUCAAAGAAAAUAAAGCCAUGCUUGCCCAAUUAUUAGCAGAACUGAAUUCCAUACCUGAACUGUUUCCAGUGAAAACACCAACCUCAACUCCUUCUAAACAGAAGAAAACCCCAAGGAGGACAUUUUCUGAAGGCCAGAUAGAGCGUUGUACAAACCCAACCAGAAAUGCUCGUCCACCAGAGAAAUUUGCCUUGGAAAACUUCACUGUGUCUGCAGCCAAAUUUGCAGAACACUUCCAUAAUUACAGACAACAAAACCUCUUACUAAAGAAGAGACUGAGCGGGGGUGACUGUGGAGUGCGCAAAAGAAGAAGGUCAUCUAAAUACUCAUCUUACCGUCCUGUUGAAGAUAUCACUGAUGAGGACUUGGAGAAUAUCGCAAUUACAGUUAAAGAUAAAAUCUAUGAUAAAGUCCUGGGUAGUACAUGCCAUCAGUGUCGGCAGAAGACAAUUGAUACUAAGACAGUCUGUCGUAAUCAAGGGUGCGGUGGUGUGAGGGGGCAGUUCUGUGGACCGUGUCUUCGUAAUCGAUAUGGUGAAGAUGUGAAAUCAGCCCUUCUGGACCCCGAUUGGAUUUGCCCGCCUUGUCGUGGUGUCUGUAACUGCAGUUACUGUCGUAAGCGUGAUGGCCGCUGUGCCACAGGAAUGCUUAUCCACUUGGCAAAAUUUUAUGGUUAUGACAAUGUUAAAGAAUAUCUUGAAAGUUUACAAAAACAACUGAGCGAAGACAAUUAAGGAUGCUGAGCACAGCUGCCUGACCUGCAGACAAGUUUUUUUUUUUGUUU